AUGGCACCAGCAGAGGUUGGUGCGGUGGAGCACGCCUUCCACGAUGGGCGAGGGAGACGCAACGGCCUGGUGGGUUCAUCUCUGCUCUUCCUAUCACCAUCACAUCAUUUCCUAUGUCAAACCUGUCUGCGAGGCGUUGAUCUGCAAUUCCUGAGUUCUACUUGGAAGACUUUCCUCGCCACUUUCAUCUUCAAGCGCAAAGCGACCAUGUUCGAAACAACAUUUUCCUACGCUUCCGCGACCCCAAUCCCAUCAGCCCUCGUCGACGAGAUCGCCGGCCUCAACAUCCUCCACGACUUUGAGACGGUUGUUAAGCUUAGCCCGGACUGUCGUGGCUGUAAACCAGUUCAGCCGCCCAAUGGAAAGAAUGGCUACAUCAACGGCACGAAGGAGCCGAAGAUGCAGUACUUCGAGGUUGAAGACGAUCUCCCAUUCAUCCCGAAGAAGCUGUGGUCCGGGGGAGUGCGGUAUACUGCAGACUUCGUACCUGUUGAGGAUGGCUGCGACAUCACCAUCCACGCACCGGCCGGCUUCACAUCAACGAACCACUGGCGACUACUUCGCGAGACCGCACCCCUAAACGAGACGAUCCAUGAAGACGAGGCAGAUCGAGAUCAGCCUCCAUCACAGCUGGAAAGGACGGGAACAAGAGAUAUGCAUCAUACGGAAAGUCAAGGAGCAGGGUGGUAUGUGCAGAUCAUCAGCGAUGCGAAGUGUCCGCGGAUGUAUGCUGGGUUUGUGAAAGGGACACUGAGAAAUCAGCACUCGCAGCUGCAGCACGCGUUCAUUGAUCGAUUGGAGCAUCUGUCGAAGGAGAUGGCGCAGAAGACGAAUGGGGACGGACAGCAGCAGAGGUCAAGAAGGCCUACGUUGGGCAGGAGGCGGAGUACGAACUUCUGA